AUGAAGGUAUAACUAAUAGGCCUUCUUCUGUUUUAUUUGGCUACUUGCAAAAACAUACCAUUAUAAUUAGAGAUUGGGUUAAUUCAAUUUGAAGAUCUCUAGCCUGGAAAACUUUAAUAUUAAGAAAUUUAAUUUGAUCAGCCAUUUAUCCGUGUCCCUUAGGUUGCUUUAACAAUUAAUAGUCUAAUGAAUCAUAAUUCUUAGGUGUAUUUCAGCAAGAUUUACAAUGUGACCGCUGAUGGAUUUACAGUUGGAGUUUUGAGUGGAACAGAACAAUCCUUAGAAUAUCGAUACAUGGCUAUCCUUGAUGAUAGAGUCUAAGUGAAUUGCCUCAAUUUUAAAGUCAAAGAAAUCGUGUUCAUUCCUUAUCUAAAAUAGUUUGUCAAGGUACCUAAAUCAUGGGUAUUCUUAACUGGAGUCAGAUAAUAAAGCAAUACCUUCUCAUUUUAACAGGACAUCAGAAAUGAGGGAAUCAUGCUUAAGUUCCAAUCCAUAGAUACUGAAAUAUUAGGAGUCUGCGUUGUGGCUGGUGCAGUUGAUAUUCUAUAGUCUAGGAUCGAUGACUUGCCAACAUUCUAAGGCUACAACCUUAUGAAACAAUCAACAGCACUAUCCAUCAUAGCUUAAUCAACUUUCAUUUGUGAAGAUGAAUGCUUGUUAUACUUUAGUAAUAAUUAUUAUAAGUUAGGGAAUGAUUAAACUAAACAAUUAAAAAUUAGUACUGAAUUUCAUAAUUAACAAGAAAAACCAACCUUAUCAAAAUUCAUACCUUUUAAAAAAGAAAAUCCUACAGUUAUUUAAGAUAAAGUUGAGAAUCUAAUAGAAUAAACUAUUAAAAUCGAUAAGAUUGAACAACCCCACACUUCUCAUGAAGAGAGCUUAAAGAAGAUGAUAAAUCAAUCAAUUUUAAAUUUAGAAGAAUAAAUAAAUCAUCCUAAUGGAAUUAAUAGUUUUGAUUCUAAUCUUAAUGAAAUUCCUCAAUAAGAACCUAUUGAUAGUGAAAGUGAAAGCGAAAGUGAAGAUGAGGAAAUUGAAAUGACUCCAAUCAAAAUUUCAAAACCUAUUAAUAUUGAGGAAGAAUUAUAGAAAUUAGAAAAGAUUUCAGAAGACAGAACCAAAAAGAUUAACAUCAUAGAAUUUAAUCCAAAAGAAUCCAUUAAUGUUUCAUUUUUAUCAAGAAAUAAUAUUGAUAUGCAAGAAGAAAGCAAAGCUGAAAAACUUAUUGAAUUAAAAUAUAUUGAUAGAGCACCUAAGUUUUCACCUAAAAUUUAGUAAAUGUUUGAAGAAGCCAAAAAGAAUAUUGAAGUUGAAUAAUCAACAACCGAUAAAUUCGAACCUCAAAUAAAUAACAAACAAUCAAUAAAAGAUUAAUUGAAAUUAAAAACAGAAAGUUUAUUGCAAUAAGUUGAGAACACUUUACACACUUCUAAAAUCGAUAUUGAUCAAAAGGAUAUUCCUUAAUAAUUAAAUAUUAAUAAUAAAUUAGAACAAUAGGAUAUUCCUAAUACACUAAUUGAAGAAGUAUAAAAAAUAACUCCUCCACCUACUGAGAAAAAACAUAGUAAGCAACCAAUUCUUAAUGAAUACGAUAAAAUUUUUGCUUAAUUUGCUAACAAUAAUAAUAAUUUAAGAUCUGUGAAACCUUAGUAACGCUUUUCUAGUCCAUUAUUUGACACAGAAAUCACUAUGGAACUAGUUUAGGAGGAAGAAGAAGUUGAACCUAAAUAAGAAUUAAAAAUUCUUAAUCCAAGAGAAGAGAGACUUUAAAAGUAUUUGUAAAAGGCUGAUGAAGUCGAUCUUAAUUUCUUAGAAAACAUCAAACUGGUUUCAGAGUAGAAUGUAUAAAAGGAAAAUCCAAUAAUAGAAUAAGAAUAAAUAUAGGAAGUGUUUGACCAAUCAAAUGUAUCAUAUACAGAAUAAUUAAAUAUGAGAAAAAAUUAAAUCCUUUAGGAACUUUAACAGAAAUACAAUAUAAAAGCCGCUCCGAUUUAGAGUUUCGAAGAGUUUAAAUUGAAAGUACCGCAGGAUCAGUAUCCAUAAAUCUUGUAUGAGAAAUAUCUAGAUCAAUUGAAAAAGCAACAGAUAGGAGCUAGUUUCAUAGAAACAGAUCACAAUGUAAAGUCGGUAGAAAACUCAUAUUAACUUGAAGCAGCCUACUAUGAAUGGCAUUUAUAAAAAAACAUAUGAGUCAAGCAUCAUCUAUUCAAUUAUCAGUAUAUUUUAAAAAUUAAAAA